CCUCUUUCAGCGAUGGAAGGCUCCCUCAGAAGAACAGCCCUGCAGACAAAUGGCCACCUCUAGUUAUGCCUGGCGGCACAACAAAACUCUCUAUACCUCGUUGGCAUUGGGCGUCUUCGCAGUUGCAAAUGCGUUCUAUGCAUUCGUGAUUUUGAAGAGGGCUCGACAGCGAGAUGUAGACCGUGCAGAGAGGCACGCACGCAUGGAGCGCCAGAUGAAUGCAAAUUCCCAUUCAGCUUCACAGACAGAGGCCGUUCCUCGUCCAGAAGUCCCAUCCCAUGCUCCUUUCCUGCUAAUCGGGGGAGGCACCGCCGCUUUUGCUGCUGCCAGAUCCAUCCGGGCUCGAGAUCCCGGGGCUCGGGUGCUCAUUGUGUCUGAAGACCCUGAACUUCCCUACAUGCGCCCUCCUCUUUCCAAAGAACUUUGGUUUUCUGAAGAUGCAGAUGUCACAGAAACCCUGCGGUUCAAGCAAUGGAACGGCAAGGAACGGAGUGUAUACUUUCAGCCACCUUCUUUCUACAUAUCCCCUCGUGACCUGCUGUUUGUAGAGAAUGGUGGAGUAGCUGUCCUCAGCGGAAGGAAGGUGAUCCACAUGGAUGUCAGAGACAACACUGUGAAACUUGAUAACGGCUUGCAGAUCUCCUAUGACAAAUGCUUAAUUGCUACAGGUGGUUCUCCAAGGAAUAUUCCUGUGAUUGAGAGGGGAGGUCAAGAAGUGGAGAAGAGGCUCACACUCUUCCGGAAGAUUGAAGAUUUCCGUUCACUAGAGAAAAUUUCCAGAGAGGUCAAGUCAGUCACCAUUAUUGGUGGUGGCUUCCUAGGGAGUGAGUUGGCCUGUGCUCUGGGGCGAAGAGCGCAGUCGAGGGGCCUUGAGGUCAUCCAGAUGUUCCCAGAGAACGGCAAUAUGGGCAGAGUCCUUCCUGAGUACCUGAGCAACUGGACCACCAACAAAGUCAGGCAAGAGGGAGUCAACGUAAUGCCCAAUGCAGUUGUGAAAUCGGUAUCUGUUGUUGGGAAUCGGCUGCUAAUACAGUUGAAGGAUGGGAGGAAAGUGGAGACGGAUCACAUUGUGGCAGCUGUGGGGCUGGAACCCAAUGUGGAUCUGGCAAAGUCAGCUGGCUUGGAGGUGGAUUCUGAUUUUGGGGGCUUUAGGGUUAAUGCAGAGCUGCAGGCCCGCUCCAAUAUCUGGGUGGCUGGGGAUGCUGCGUGUUUUUAUGACAUUAAGUUAGGCAGGAGGAGAGUAGAGCAUCACGAUCAUGCGGUUGUGAGCGGAAGGUUGGCGGGAGAAAACAUGACCGGAGCUGCAAAGCCAUAUUGGCACCAGUCCAUGUUUUGGAGUGAUCUAGGUCCAGACGUUGGAUACGAAGCUAUUGGCCUUGUGGACAGCAGCCUGCCCACUGUGGGGGUAUUUGCUAAAGGAACAGCAAAGGACACCCCAAAAUCGGCAACAGAGGAAUCAGGAACGGGAAUCCGCUCAGAGAGUGAAACUGAAAUGGAAGCAUCAGAACUCAAGGUUUCAGCAGCCUCCCUUUCUACUCUGCAAGCUCCACAGCAGGGAGAGGAUUAUGGGAAAGGAGUAAUUUUCUACCUUAGGGAUAAAGUGGUAGUAGGAAUUGUCCUGUGGAACAUCUUCAACCGGAUGCCAAUUGCUCGGAAGAUCAUCAAGGAUGGGGAAGAACACGCUGACCUGAAUGAAGUUGCCAAGCUUUUCAACAUCCAUGAAGAAUGAGCAUCCAGUGGGGCACUGGAUUGCAUUUUGAAAGUGGAGGGACAGAGAGGGGGAGAGUCUGUAUGUACUCUUCAGCUUGUGUGUCUUCCUCCCACUCUGGGCAUAUGUGAAUAUUUGGCUCCCAGCCCUUUUUGCACCAUGAAUUAAAUCAGAUUAACUUUGCUAUUAUGAGG